AGCCAGCAAGAGCUUCGACUUCAUCGUGGAGAACAGCGUCGAGAUGGUGGUCGACCAUGAAGGGCCCGAGGCUGGCACGGCAAAGCUGGCAUGGUUCGUUGCAACUGCUGUCUCCCUUCGCACGAGAACAAGGUCUCCUUUCGCCUUCGCCCAACUAGCCUCUCUUUUUUGCCUGGUUCUGCUCGCCUUACAAGAUGAAGUUCUCUCGCGCAGUGCUUUCCGCCACUUUUGCCGCUCUGAUUGGCGUCGCGACUGCCGACUUGAAGAUCACCACCCCUUCUUCGAAUGCUUGGUGGGUCGCGCAAUCUAUCAAUACCAUUGCAUGGACUUGCCAGGAAUCCCAGUUCCAGACCUUCACCAUUCUCAUUGCCAACACGGAUCCCAAGGUUCUCACCCAGCCACAGGCGAUCAUUGCCAUUGAGAACAACUUUGAUUGCUCCAAGACGAUCACCCAGGACCAAGCAAGUCAGGCAGCUGGUUCGGGAUAUACCAUCCUACUCGCUAACCCCCUAAACAGCACGGAGGUUUACGCUACUUCCGAACCUUUCGAGAUUAAGCCUCUUGGCUCCGCUUACCCAACAACUUCUGCCUCUACCACCCCAACUGCAACUGGCUCUAGCGCCAGCAAUGCACCGACGAGCGGGUCCGACAGCCAGUCAACCUCUGGUGGUUCGUCGAGCGAUGCCACUAGCCUGAAGACAUCCAUUGCCGGAGUCGCUGCUAUCGGCUUUGCUGCUCUCGGAUAUAUCCUAGCCUAAAUACAUUGGAUACUUUCGCAGUAUGUCGUGGCAUCUGCACUUGUGUUAUUUACGUUGUUAUGCCCCUUCCUUCUUUGGUGUACCUGGGACCUUGACGCAGUUGGCGGACUCUUAGCCCCAAAAGACUUUGAUUUUCACUCUAUACAUCGUACUGCGUUACUCUCCUUACUCAAUACACUCGUUGAACUGUAAUACU